UGUUAGUAUUAUCAAUAUAAAAAAUGUUUCCAUUAUAAUUAAUGGUCGCACUUUUAACAUUAUUUCUGAUCCAAGUCCAAGUACCCAUAGUAAGUUCCCAUAAAUUGUUAGAAUAAUCAACUCCAAUUGCAUAUUGUUCAGAGAGCGCUUUAACUUGUUUUAAUUCAACUUCUGUUCUAGGGAUAUGUGUAUAAUUAUCUUUGUAAAGAUAAGCAUAUUCUUCGCUACCUCUAAUCCAUAUUGAAUGAUCCCAAAAAGCACAACUAACUUGAUAAUAAGUAUAAUAAUAAUCAACAUAUUCCCAAUUGUACAUGUCGAGUUUGUCAUCUAUUUUAUAAUCAUAAACACCUUUGAUGAAAUCAAAAUUAUCAUUUGUUGUAAAUAUUGUCUUGUAAUCACAAAUAGAAAUUGUUUGAUGAGCAUAACUUCCGUCAGCUAUUUUAUACCACCAAUCAGCAUUCAUACUUCUAACAUAUACUUCAUUAUUUAUAUCAAUGUAAGCAACGGUUCCGUCUAAUCCGACGGCAAAAUCUAAAACAUCACUUCUCUUAUAAACAAAUUUUUGUAGCAUCAUACUCUUAUGAUAAAGCUCAUUAUUUUCAGUUAAAAUCCAAUAGUCAUCUCCAUAACCUACAUCAAUCUUUUUUUGAUUCCCAGGCAAUGAAAUUACUUCAAUUUUACUAAUUCGAUUAUUAAAAUUAUUAAUAUCAUUAAAAAAUGAGUAAAUAAUUAAUAUCGAUAUAAUGAUUGUUCCGAUAAAGCGUAAA